CGAAGCUUUUCAUGCCAAAACCCUGACCAAAACAUGCUGUAACAGGACAGCAGCAAACUCAAGAGGUACAUACUGCACGGUUUAGAGUCUUAAUGAGUCCGUAGCGUGCGCAGCUCGGAGUCCGUUGGUUUGUUCGUUCGUUCGAGUCCAUCAAAACCGGGGACCCUCUGCGAGCGCUGAGAAAACGGCAAACUAAACCGAUCGCGCGGUCGGCAGUCGGCAUGUUUUUCGAGCCCCCUGCCUUUCAUCAUCUCUCGCAUAAGUUUAGAAGGUUUGCUCUCACCAUUCAACAAACAAAUGACUGACUGCCCCACUCACUCGGGUGAUGGUCGUCCGCUCGGGGAUCAUCAUCGGAUCGGUUCGCGCUCAUUCUUCGUUCGGAGAGAGGCUGAGUACCGAUCCGCACCCGUUGAGACCCCCGAUCCAGGGAGAGAAAUAAAGUAUAAUUCAGCUUUUUCCUUUGCGCUUCCUCUUUGCUUCGUUUGGAAAGAUAUUUGUAUAUAAAAUUGCUCCGGUAACUUAAGUUUAAAUCAACUACUUAAGUCAGUCGUACUUAAUAUUCGAACAGAUACGGUCGGUUUUAAUGAAAACAAAAUAUAAAUUAGCAUUACGGGACGUUCUGGGACGAUCGAACUCGUAGAAAAACAGAACUUCGACAAAGAUUCGCGACUUGACGGUACAGUGGUGAUUGCUCAGUUGGUGGGAUAGCUCUGCAGCUGAUCUUUUUUUUUUCUCGUGAAGAUCGACCUUUUAGAAGAGGAGUGCACACUUCAUUUCGGAUCGUGUUCGUCGUCGAUUGGCAUUGUGCGCGCGCUCGCACCAGUAAAGGUCUGUCCCGCGAGUAAGGCUCGAUUUGCGCACAGUUUGUCAUAGCUUUGGCACUGUCGUUGAAGCCCCACAGGUUCUCCCCAUCGGUAAUAGUCCACGGUGGGAGCGAAUUCGUUGUCCGGCUCCUUGCUAGAGGCCCCGCUUAGCCCGGCAAAAGUGUGGCUCUUGGCUGCUCGCGUUCUAUUUCGUUUGCGCGAACGUGAGAAAUUGAUACUGCCGGAAAUGUAGAUUUAUAUGAAUAGCAGAAUAAAGAAGAUAGUUUCUUCUCGUUUUUCUUGUGGCUUGAGCCGCUUCAGGGCGGUUGAGGUGAAUGAUACAGUCUUUUGUAGGCUUCUGCGCGGGCGUGCGUGUGCGGUGGUUAAUGAAAAAUCUUUAUUCGUUGUGAAGGAAAUCCCUCGUUUCCCAGUGAGAUAUUGGAUUGAGCAAAAAAGUGCGCCCACCCUUCUCACUGUGAGUGAUUUGGAAAGAAUUCAAGUGUCAGUGGUGCAUGCCUUGUGGCAAAUCGCAAGUGUGAAAGUGUGUCCGAGGGAAUUUCUCCAGAAUUAUUGCAAACGCAAAACGCUGAAAGAAAUUAAAGUGCAACAACAAGCGUGCAGCGACAAUUUGCAUCCAAUCAGUGGGGCAGCGUUUUUUUUUCUUUCAUAAACCGAAUUUCACUGAAGCGAACACAACAAUCAUAACUCAGAGGACCUUGCAGCUGAGCCGCGGGAGAAUCAACAUUGUGCGGUAGUGAGCCCACGAAAGGGAAUUUGGCGGAGGAAUCAGCAUCCCGGUCGCAGAAAAGAAAAAUGGACGAGCGGAGACGACAUCGAUGAGCAACCAAUCUGUGAUAAUGUUACGUACGUGCUACCUUAUAGCGAUUAGUGUUUAAGUGUACCUGAAUAUAGUGUGAUAGCAACAGCAGCCGGCACCGGAAAUGGAUCUGUAGAGUUUUUCUUUUGCAAGCCAACCAGGCAACCAAAACUCAAACAAUAAUGAACAGAUCUAACAACGUAUGGUGGACGGCCCAGGAUCUCAUGCAUAAUAAUAAGACGCACACCAGUUGGUAUCCGCUGCCAGACCCUGUGCAUCGUGUUAUGCAGCAAACGAGUCACCUCCAAGGACCACCACAACAAGAAUGAACCAGGUUCAGAGUGAUCUAGUAAAGUCAGCAGUAACCGCAAAAACAGCAACCGCAAUCAAACAGUCCUCACCGAGCCACAUCAUUGGCACUAGCGGCAAGACCGCAACGGCCAACAUUCAAUUCAACGCUUCGCCAACCACCACAAUCAACAACAAUAACUUCGAGAGCAAGAACAAAAAUCCGACGACCCCUUCGAGUCAGGUGACCGGCAGCCCGAUCAGUGUUAUUCAUAUGACAAACGUCAGUGUACCACAGAAGCUUCUGGUCCCGAAUGGGAAAUCGCAGGCACCGGCAGUGCCCUCUGCACCGGAUGCACGGGCAAAGCAGGUCCUAAAGGAGGCGGUUGAUGCCGUUGUAAAUAGUUUCGCCAAACACACCCAAGGAUAUGGUAGAGUUAAUGUCGUUGAAGCGCUGCAGGAGUUCUGGCAAAUGAAGGCAGCGCGGGGGGCGGAACUAAAAAAUGGCGCUCUUGUGAUAUACGAAUCCAUCCCAUCGACUAGCCAACCGUACGUGUGCUACGUGACCUUACCCGGUGGCAGUUGUUUCGGAAGCUUUCAGAAUUGCCCCACCAAAGCCGAAGCUCGAAGAAGUUCCGCCAAGAUAGCUUUAAUGAAUUCCGUCUUCAACGAACACCCGUCCCGGCGGAUCAGCGACGACUUCAUCGAGAAGGCAGUCCAGGAAGCCCGAGCAUCGUUCAAAGGGGAGAACCAGGAGGACGAUGGACCCGACACCGGAAUCGGAGCCUUUAGAUUCAUGCUGGAGACCAACAAAGGUCGAACGAUGCUCGAGUUCCAGGAGUUGAUGACGGUGUUUCAGCUGCUGCAUUGGAACGGUUCCCUGAAAGCGAUGCGUGAGAGGCAAUGUUCCCGACAGGAGGUGGUCGCCCACUACUCGAACCGUUCGCUAGAUGACGAGAUGCGACAGCAGAUGGCCCUCGAUUGGAUCGAACGGGAACACGAAAAUCCCGGUUUGCUCAGCAGGGAGCUUGCUAUUGCCGAAAGAGAACUAGAGACUGCUCGGUUGGCUGGACGCGAGCUACGAUUUCCCAAGGAAAAGAAGGACAUCCUUCAGAUGGCUCACAAUCAACUCAACGGCGGCAGCAAUAUCAAUAGUUGAACAUCGACCAGUAACGAUGGACGCUAGUUUGUAAGAAUAUGUAGCAUCAAGAAAAAACAACAAGAAAUUCACAUUCCGAGAAGUGCAUCUCUUGUUAUGAAUGCUUCACAAGUGCAGCAUUGACAUUGGUCUCGUUUUUGCUUUUCUGGAAUCCAUUGCGUGUGAAAAUUCCUUAUUAAUUUAAUGGAUUUGUUUUUAUGCAUUAAUGAUUACGUUUUUUGUUUGAUAUAUAGUUUUAUAUUAGAGACGAACAAAUCAAGCAGCAAGGUUUUGUUUUCAAAAUAACUUAUAAUCGAUAAAGGACAAACCAGAACAUAAGCUCAAGUAAAUGUGAUUUUUAUCUCCAUACUUAUCAUAGCACUAGCUAGUGACACAUCCAUAGCCGGUAUUCUGAGAACAAUGUUUUUUUCUUUAUUUUGGUGGUGGUGAUUUUUGUUUACUAGUUAACUACUUUUACAAUCUUGUCUUUGACUUUCCACGCUGAACUAUUGAUUACGAUUAUACCGACAGCCCAUACAAUAUUUUCAUUUCUUACCGAUAAAUCAAAAACAAUAGUUUAAACUAGCAUGUAGCACAGCAUUAAUUCAAUAAAUCCCUCAGUCUUCAAUAGAAUUGUACAUAAAGAACAUAAAAGAGACAUUCAAACAUCCGCUCAUUGUUCGGUUACUGCUAUUAUCUGUUCCGCCUUACAAUCUAUCAAGUGUUUCAAGUUUAUAUUUUUACAAAAGGAAAAAACAAAAUUAAUUCAAACACAAUCUGAAGCAAAUCCCACAGCCAAGCUGACCGAAUACAAACGAAGAGCUACAUCUCACAACCUGGAGGCAAAUAAAUAUUUUUCGAAUGAGUGAAAACCCUAUUUAUUCAAACAAAAAUGUGAUUUUAAUUGAGAAACAAAAAUUUAGUUAGAAAAAUUUUAGAUUUUGAAAAAUCGAAAAUUUUAAUUUAUUUUUAUAUGAAAAAAAAGAAGCAGAGCGGAAGCAGCAAAUAUUUACACCUAAAAUUUUACCUAAUCUAGACAAUGUUUAUAACUGUAACCACAGAAAACAACCCCUUUCGGCCAAAUUUAAGCUUAAAAUUUAGACGAAAAUUGUGAUGUAUGCGUAACACUAAAACUAAAAAAAUAUUUUAUAUUUAGCGGAUGACCAAGUGAACUUUUUUUUAAUAAUUUUAACAAUCUAGAGUAACAAUAACUAAAUGCAAAUCAUAUUGAUAAAGGAAAAAUCAAACAAUAAAAAACGAGAAUCGAUGCCGGCAGAACGAAAAGCGUCCCGAAAGAACCAGCAAGGCUUUGGGUUUACCAAGAACAACUAUAGAUGAAGCUAUACCGUUACGGAAGGUGCUCGUUCUGUCGGCAAAGUGGAUCAGCGAAGUGUGUAAAGAUGCAGUUUUAGCAAAAGAAAGCGUGAAUAAAUAGUUUCGUUUUAAAUAACCA